AUGAGCACAUCAGGAUCUGACAGCUCCACCAACAUCAGACUCCAUGCCUCAAGGCCAUCUGUACUGUGUCCACAGACUCCCCAGAGCAACAUCUCAUUCAGCCAGCCUCGCUCCCUUGUGGAGAUGAUAAUGCCGAGAGAGGUCAGCUCUCCACACAACACACAAAUAGCCCCGUAUUCCCAUUAUGAUCUUCUGAACAGAAGUGUGAAGGUAGUAUGGACUCUGUGUCUUCGUCAUCGAGAAACAGUUCUCAGCCACCAAAGUCAAGGACAGUUGGGAUACAGAACUGAAUCCAUCUCACCUGGAAUGAGCCAACAGAAAGAGAAGACCAGUGUCACAGCCGGCCAGUCUCAGAGGGAGAGCUACAGAGUGGGUCCAGUGGUGGCGGAGGGGAGGUCUGUGGUAGUGAGGGACUGCCACCACAAGGGCACUGACCUAUUUGAUGCUGUCCUGCACUGUCGGCACUUCUGUGAGUCUGACGCAACUAUCGCCAUUAGGCAGCUGAGCAUGGCCCUGGUCUACCUCCAUGCCCACAAGAUAGUACACAGAGAUGUCAAACUGGAGAACAUCUUUCUGCACCAGGCAGGAGAGGGGAGGUGGAAUUUGAAGUUGGGAGGAAUGGGAUUGGCUGCUACUGCCUCUGAACCUCUUUCUCUCGUCUGUGGCAAUAUAUUCUACAUGGCUCCCGAGAUGAUCGCCGAGACUGGUUAUGGUACCAAGCUGGACGUAUGGGCUGCUGGUGUUGUAUGCUGCACUCUUCUCUCUGGAAUUAUGCCAUUUGGAGUAACAGUAAGAGAGGAGCUACAGUGUCCAACAUCCAGAAGGGACUUUGUGUGUCAUCUGCUGGUGGUAUCUCCAUGCCAGCGGUACAUGGCCACACAGAUGCUCCAGCACCCCUGGCUGGAGGAGAGGUGGGAGGAGACGUGUGGUCAGAGGGAUUCAGAGCUGAGCAGAGUUCUCAUGGAACACCUGGUCACCAGGUCUGCCACUGCCAGGAACGCUGCACUCCCUACACUUGUUGAGACGGCUUUGGACAAGAGGAAAAGCCUGCCAAACAUGAACCUACUCAGAAGGACCUCAUUUAAGACCCACAAGUCAUCAUAACUCAUAAUGCUACUGCUGCUCAAUCAUUUUUUUUGACACUCAUAAUAGUAUAUUAUAGCACGAAACAAUCACUUCUAAAUGACCGAUAUGAAAAUUUGCUGUACAUACAUGCACGUUAUAAGUGUCCACACACCUAGUUAGUUGAUAAGUAAAGUUUGAAAACAAUAUGGCUCACUGAGAGUUAAGAGUGGCCGUAAUGAUGAUAUCGUUUCUUGUGAUGUAAUUAUAUAUAUUCCACUCCAUCUUCACUAUCUGUAGUAGUAGCUGUGGCAUUGUAGGCCACAUUACACUCCACCUCAUUUCGACCCACAUAACCAUAGGCC